AUGGAAGAUACUCAAGAAAUACAAGAUAUAAUAUUUUAUUUUAAAGAAAUGGCAAUUAAUCAGCCAGAUAAGUUAUUAAGUCUAUUAAAGGAGAAUAGUAAUUUAUUAUGUGCGGUCAUGUAUUUACUAAUUAAAAGUAAAUUAGUAGAUGAGAGUGUUGUUGUUAAAAUUUUUAAAGAUUCUCUUGAUGUAGAAAAUCAAGAAAAUCAGAUAGAAGAAAGAAUUAAGUCCAUGGACAGUAAAUUUUUAACUGAUGAAACUAAAACAAGAAUAGAAAAGUUAAAAUAUUUAAUUUCAAAGAAAAACUAA